CUCAGCCGUGCAUAACAAAAAAAAAAUAGACUGCGGUGUAUAGAAUGCGAACAAAAAAAUGAAAAAAAAUUCUCGAGCGCUUUGAAAUUCACCGUAAAAACAAUAGCGAUGUGACAACAUCAAUCUGUCAAUCAUCCGCAACCUCAAGCUUUCGGCCCUCCCAAACCAAAUUUUUGUAAACUUCAACGAAUUCCAAAUUUUCAGUCACCGGAGCAGCGUCCCUCUCCUAUAACCAUGAAAGUCCAGCGCGCGAUCGGCAAGAGCCAGCAAUGAUCAGCCGCUGAGGAAAAGUCCGCAUGCAUCAACGCAAAAUUUCUCGUGAUAAAAGAAACUUCUUUACCCUAAGCUAAAAAGUAAAAAAAAUAAAAAAAAAGAAAAAAGAAAUGAGCCGAAAUCCGCGAUCGACGACACCGUGUCGGCCGCCACCGGCGAGAUCGGCAAAUCCAGGAGGAGAGACUACCGCUGCUGUCGCCCAGCCAGCAUGUCGUGCCCGACCGAAGAAGUCGGCGGUGCAGUCGACGAUUCCGAAAAGGGGUCCUCCGCCCGCACCGCCGAAGAAGCUCGACUACAAGAAGCCGACCAUGACGAAGGCCAUGGCCCAGAGGCUGAAGCACACGCAGAAGCUCCAGGAGGAGAUAGCGCGCAAGGAGGCAGAACGCGCGCGCAAAGGCCGACGAUCUGCGCCGCCUCCUGCGGGGGGUCGCGAGAGACGAUCCGGAGACAAAUGCCGUCCAACCUCGGCCAAGGAGCCACCCCCGUGUCCGGCUAGUUCGACCCAUGCGGAACCGACCCAGAGAUCGGCUGGCUCCUGUCCCAGGGCCGCGUCGCCGUGUCCCAGGGAACGAUCGCCGGCUCCGGUACCGACGCGCACGCGGAAUCUCGCCGAGUCCAUGAACGCCGACAUCGUCCAGGCGGAACCUCUUCGACCUGGUCCCGUUGACAACCUGAUCAUACCUCCCGGGGCGAUAAACUCCGAGAAGACGACCAUCGUCAGCAUACCCCAGCCUGAACCCGCCCAGCUCGCGUCUUCCACGAUGGCUCCGGCUGGCAAUAGUCAGGUUGCCAACAGGAGUGUCCAGGUCAUCGCGGAGACUCUCGACGAACAGGAUGCCGCCGAGUCGGCCGUCGUCAACACUAAGCUCCAGGAUCUCCAACAAGCCAGACGUGACUUCGUCAUGGCUGUGGCGAACGUCGGCGGAAACGCCAUCAGUCUUCAGGAGGAGGAGGAGGUGCCAGGCUUAAGCCUACCGAACCUACCGAACGUCACCCCGAUAACGGAAAUAACACCGCCGAUGCUGUCGACCCCGGGACCACCAAGUCCCCGACUGGUCCAGUGUCCAUCUCUCUCGGACCCGUACCUCCAGGUCGAGUACGGACGGGACCAUCCAGUGGUGGAAGCAGCCCGCGAGUACAUGCGCAACCGAGCCGCGGGUAAACGCUUGGAGGACGAGUUCCAGCGACUCGCCGGCGAACAGCCCGAGGAAGAUUUCGAGCAGGAGUACCUCGAGGGCUGUGGUAUCGUCGGAGCUGAGAACGAGGACGAGGUCUGCGCACCUGCCUACACCGCCAUUCCCAGGAGACAACAACAGUAUCGGUACGAUCCGCUGGAGAUCGAUCGGCUGGAUCGAUUCUUCGACGUGCAGAACUAUCCGCCUGCGCCUCCGACUCCGCCGCCAGCGGCACCGGCGGGACCACCGCCCGGAAGAGAAUGUCUGCCCCAGGAACUCUGGGAUCUCGACGAUCCUUGGUACCACGAGCCCAGCCAGCCCGAUCUCAUCCAGUGGUGAUCUGCUGUUUCCGAUGGACGACGAUACUUUGGAUGAUCUCCUGGGUUCAUUUUCGAAACGCGUUUAUUUGUUGGACGCAUCAUUUACACAAAUUUUAUACCGUUACAUUUUGGACCCCCAUUAUAGCCGACGACUUUUGAUGAUUGUUCGAAAGAUUCAUAUGCUGUGAUUUUUGUAGGGCACGUCGAUGCAUGCAUUAAAAAAAGUGUAAAAGUGCUUAAAUGUUAUACAAUAAAAAUUAAAUAAAUUCGA